AUGAAUACCGACCAUACCAAUACUUCGGUAGAUUCUUCUAUCCAAUGCGACAUCCAACCACAAGCAGCCAACCCCAAUCAAGAGAGACCAACAAAUCGGCUGAUCGUCGAGAGAACACAAGGAGCUGAGCAGGCUGUUGCAAGAGUCACUGUAGACUUUCUAUCCAGUUCUCCAACAAUGGGCGAGGAAGCAAUCAAAAGACUACAGGAUCAGAUCGAUAACCUUUUGAAAAACUUUCUGGCUGAUCCAGCAAACACUUUAGAAUCGGCAAGAGAUAAAGUCGAUGCUUCUACACAAACUAUUCGAGAGCCUAGUCCAGUGCGAGAAGCUGUCGACUUCGAACAAAAUGCUCUAGUGGAAAACGAGGCCGGAGGGCAACCAGAAGAAGCCGACAACGGUGCGAGGGAUGAGCCGGUCGAAAUACAAUUCGAAAUUAUCCGCAAUGGGGUGUACAAGGAUUUCCGCGUUGUGAUGGAAAAUGCGAGGGGAAUCUCGAUGGAGGAAAUCCACGAAAUGAGUGAAAAUAUGGCCGAAUACCUGGAGUCAUUGUUCCUCACUGGCUCGGAGUUUCUGACACCUCCAGCCACUAAUACCACAGCUAGUGAUCGUGCCACGACCAGUACUGAGGAACGCUCUGCUCCAACCACCGAAAGUACUAGUGAAGAAAGUGACCGCGAUGGAUCUCGUCCACCUUCGUUCAUCGCUGAGUCGGGUUCGUCCGAUGGGGCUCAUCCAUCGUCGUCAACUGAAUCGGCUUCAUCGUCCAGAAUUCGCCGUAGGUCAGAAUCGGUUUCUGAUGAAACUGACAAAAACGAUGCCAAGAGAAGCAAGAAAAGCCAAGUAAUUGUGAUUUAA